UGAACCUCUUGACGACACGGACGAAGAUCGUAGGCCUGGUCCGACGCGCACCGAUAUAUGAGUGACAUAUAAAUUCGACGGUGCACCUGGUAGAGAACAUGAUACCAACAAUUCGUGCAUCAACCCUCGAGAAUUACUCAGUACACUCAGACUCGUACCCAUCGUUCUCUCUUCGGAACAACAAAAAUGGUCGCACCCCAACGCAUUAUACUGGUUACUGGUGCCAAUACCGGCAUUGGUCUCGAGACGUCCUACAGUUUGGCAUCGGCAUCGUCAGAAAAUCAUGUUCUCCUAGGCGCAAGAACGGCAGAGAAAGGAGAGAAAGCCGUCAAAGAACUUCAGAAUCGCAAAAUUCUAGGCACAGUUAGCUUUCUUCAGGUCGAUGUGACUAGCGACGACUCUAUUGCUGCUGCCGCAAACAAAAUCGAGGCCGACUUUGGGCGUCUUGACGUUCUUGUCAACAACGCUGGCAUCGCCCUCAUCCAGAAGCCGUCCCGCGAGACUCUACGGGCAACCUUCGAGACGAACGUAUUCGGCCCUAUGCUUCUCACACAGGCCCUGGCACAUCUUUUGCAAAAGUCCAAAGAUCCUCGUAUCAUCAAUGUUACCUCUGAAUUAGGAAGCACUACUGGACGAACGGAUUGGACGAACCCUUUCAGCGCGGUUCCAGGCGAUGAAUAUCGCAUGAGUAAGAGUGCUCUUAACAUGCUGACGACAUGUCAGUCUUGGAACUUUAAGGAUUGGGAAAAUCCAGCCAAAGUCUGGUCCUUCUGCCCAGGCUUCGUCAUCACCGACUUAACAGGGGCAGACCAGAGACAGACUAGAAGGGACAUGGGUGCCGAAGAACCAUCAACCAGCGCGCAGGGAAUACUGGAACUGGUUGAGGGGGAAAGAGAUGCUGAAGCAAACUCUUUUGUCGGUAAAUAUGGAAAACAAAUUCCCUGGUAGUUGGUAUUGCCUGUAGAGUUGGGACAACUUUAUGAGCAGUAAAGCUCGCUGUGGUUUCGCUUAGAUGAGACAGCGUCGAUCGCCAUACAACACUCUCGAUAGACUGUUAGAUAUAGGAUGCCGGGAUUGACCUAAUUAUAUAUGUUCGGCAAGAAUGUAGUAA